UCUUUUUGGCUCUUCACUUUCCCACUUAGCGUCACUCACUCUUCCUCUCCUCACGAUUCAGGUCUGUAGAUUUCCCCUCAAAUUCCUUCUUUUUGUCGCCCUUUCUUGCUGGUAAUCCUCAUCUUCAACUCUGUUCUCUCCAAAAGUCACUUGGGUCAUCCCCAAUUUCCCUUAUUUUCGUUUCCAAUUCCUCUAGGGUUCUUGCUGUUCUCCAAAAUCCUCGCUUUUCGUUGUCCGCGUGAUUCCCAGAUCUCUGUCUCCGAUCGUGGGUCGUUCUUAACUUCUUCCCACGAUCUCCGAUUUCGACAUAAUCAGAUGUCGGCAGGCUGCGCAAUCGAGCUCUACUUCGAUCCGGCACUCGAGAACCAGGUCCUGAAAGCUUGGAACGUCUUCGCCCGCCGACAAAUCAGCACGAAGUUGAUCGACACCGAGUCUCGCCCACACAUAGCUCUCUUCUCGACUGCCAUCAUCGACUCAACCAAGCUCGAAUCCGUCGUCAAGGCCUUCGCUUCAAAGCAGGAACCCCUCUCCCUCUCAUUCGCCUCCAUCGGCAGCUUCCCGUGCGAUAACAACGUACUUUUCCUCUCCCCGACGCCAUCUCUAUCAUUACUCCAGUUGCAGAUUCAGUUAUGCGACGCACUGAAGAGAGAAGGUGUAGAGAUCGGCGAGGAUUAUCGCGCCGAUUCGUGGAUUCCGUUUUGUCCCGUGGCUCUGGAAGUACCAAAGGCACGAAUGGCGGAGGCGUUCUCGGUAUUGAGGGACUUGAAGCUUCCCGUUAAUGGGUACUGCAUGGAAAUUGGUCUUGUUGAGUUUUCUCCUGUUCGUGAAAUCUUCUCCUUUGCGCUUGGUAACAACACUUUGGAGUCAUGAUAUGAUUUUAGCUUUGCUUUUUUGGAGUCUUGAUGAAAUAGAUAGUGUUCAGUGUUAUGUUGGGUUGAUGAUUUAGCUUAUUGGUUUUAUGUAAUUCUCCCAGUAGAAUCUUAUUGUUACUCUGAAACCAUGGAUUUGUAAGGAAUAGUUUAAGCAUUGCAUGUGUAAUUAUGUA